UUGGAGCUCUUUGAUAUUUGAUAUUCUAUUCUAUUCUUCGAAUGCUUUUUUAAUGGUGCGAGUUUUGAGUGAUAAUGAACAACAGCUGUAAGGAUAAAACAUAGUUUCUUAUUGCAGCAAUGUCAGCUUUGUGGAUUUCACCUUAAAACUGUUGCAUAAUUGAUAUUAGCAUGUCAUAUUUGAGUGGACAUGUGAGCACUGAGGCUUUUGUGAGCAUGACUCCUGACAGUGUGGACUACAGCAGGGCAGCAUCCCAAAGUGAUGUGAGGCCUCGGGUGAUGGCCGUGAUCCUGAGCAUCGCCUCUUGCCUUAUCAUCUCCACCAACUUGCUUGUGGCAGCGGCUUUAUUUAAGCUACUCCUCAAGAAGAGAAGCCAGAGCUGGUGCUUUGUCCUCAACUUGGCACUGGCCGACACCCUGGUGGGUGUGGCCAUCACCGGCCUGGCCACAGAGGACUUCAACAGCAACAACCAUAUCAAUCAGAACCAGCAGAGCCAUGUCACUGCUGAUCCUCCCACAAACGCCACAGCUACUGCUCAGGGCAAGAGCCGUUGCUUGAUGCGGAUGGCCUUCGUGACAUCACCCUGCACAGCUUCCAUCAUGUCCAUGUUCCUGAUCUCACUCGACCGCUAUGCAGCCAUCAAGAUGCCCCUGCGGUACUCCCAGCUGUCUGGGAAAGGGACAGCAGCUGGGUUCUUGCUGGCUCUGUGGAUCAGCUCCCUCACUAUGGGAUUCUUGCCAGUCAUGGUGCGACAGCUGCAGGCGGAAGGAUACACCGGCUUCUGUGCCUUUUUCGCCGUCGUUCACCAGGUAGACAUGAUCGUGUUAUUCAGCGCAUGCUUCUUCCCUGUGCUGUCUGUAUUCGUUUACAUCUACCUGGACAUCCUGAAGAUCGCCUGUGGCCACCAGAAGCAGAUCUGUCAAGUUAGGCAAGCUGGUUCCAGGACUGUGGAACAUAACGGCCGUCAACAUUGUGAGCAUCAUCACCAGAGUCAGCUGCUAAGGUGCCAUUACUGGACUCAUGUCAAGGCUCUGAGGACAGUGGGGGUUCUUUUGGGCUGCUUCUUGGUCCUCUGGUGCCCAUUCUUUGUGACAUGCAUAGUGCACCUUCUGUGUGAGAGCUGCAAACUCACUGGGGUGUUGGAGAAUCAUCUGUGGCUGUUGGGUCUGUCCAACUCACUGAUCAACCCUCUGGUGUACGCCUUCUGGCAGCGGGAGGUGCGGAUGCAGUUAGCAGCCAUGUUUUCCUGCUUUCCAGGCAGGUCGUUGGCUGCUAGACCACCAAGUGCCACAGAAAGAUGUGACCCACUGCCACCUGUGCUGACUCAGGCUGGUGCUUCUGGUGGGGAUACCCACAACCCUACACUGUUGCGGCCAAUUAUUGGCAAUGACAAGGCUCACACUGGGCCACUAUCUGCAACAACCAGCUUGUGAAAGAGUGUGUUAUCAAUGUGAUAUUGUAGAGUGAAGGUUUGUGAGCCAAAAAUAAAUACCUAAAGUAUUACUUUCAAUAUUAAAUUUCCAUGGUACAUUGAUGUUAAUUAAACUGAUUACACACAACUUCUUGUCUCACUCCAUCACACUUGAACUAUUCUGCAGCAGAAUUAUUACAUGGGCCUCAGCCCAUUCCGACAAAUAAUA